AUGCCUUGCACUCUACAUCCACCAGUUACGGCGGGUAAUUUUAAUCAAAAAGAUGAAGGAUUAAUAAAUCUAGAGCUACAAGAUGGCACUAUCUACCAAGGAUACAGUUUUGGCGCAAAGAAGAGUGCUGCAGGAGAGCUGGUUUUUCAGACUGGCAUGGUUGGAUACCCAGAAUCAAUCACUGAUCCAUCCUACCGAGGACAAAUUCUGGUUAUCACAUUUCCUCUCGUCGGAAACUAUGGAGUUCCAUCAAGGGAAACAAUGGAUGAUCUCCUGAAAGAUCUCCCUGCUCAUUUCGAGUCUUCAGAGAUUCAUAUCGCUGGACUUAUAACGGCAUCAUAUUCAGGUGAAGACUACUCGCACUUUCUAGCUACAUCAUCGUUAGGAACAUGGCUCAGGGAACAAAAUGUACCAGCAAUUUAUGGCGUUGAUACGCGAGCCCUUACGAAGCGAAUAAGGGAUGAAGGAAGCAUGUUGGGUCGAUUAUUAAUCCAAAACAAACAAUCAUCUCAUCCAAUCCUCGGUAGCUCAUGCGAAACAUCGAGUGAACAUAACCUCAGCACUGCUUUUGAGAAAAUUGAUUGGGUAAAUCCCAAUGAGAAGAAUCUUGUUGCCGAGGUCUCGAUACGUGAACCAAAAUUAUAUACUCCACUCGCGAAACUACUCAAACACCCCUCAGGGAGACCCUUGAGAAUUUUAUGUCUAGAUGUCGGCUUAAAGUAUAAUCAGCUUCGGUGUCUACUUCGCCGAGGUGUCGAGGUCCUAGUAUGCCCAUGGGACUACAACUUUCCAGCGCUCUGUGAGAAUUAUGAUGGAUUAUUUAUUUCCAAUGGUCCUGGCAAUCCCGCGAUAAUGGAGACAACCAUUAAAAAUAUAACCAUUUCCCUAAAAAGUAACAAAAUACCAAUAUUUGGUAUUUGUUUGGGCCAUCAGCUCCUGGCUAGAGCAGCCGGAGCGAGUACAAUUAAAAUGAAGUUUGGAAAUCGUGGUCAAAACAUACCCUGCAAAAGUUUGUUGAGUGGAAAGUGUUACAUAACCUCUCAGAAUCAUGGUUAUGAAGUCGACUCGUCAAGUUUGCCCAUUGAAUGGUCCGAACUCUUUGUUAACGCUAAUGAUGGAACAAAUGAGGGUAUUUUUCAUGUUAAUAAGCCACAUUUCAGUGUCCAGUUUCAUCCCGAGAGUAAUCCCGGGCCAAAAGACACAGAAUUUCUCUUUGAUGUUUUUGUAGAAACCGUUACUCGUUCAAGUUUCGAUCAAAAAUUACUCUCAAGCCCGGUACAUUUUCCAGGGACUGUCUCCUCUGAGAUUGUAAGCACCUAUACAAAGGUGAACGUGAAAAAAGUGCUAGUUCUUGGAAGUGGAGGGCUUAGUAUAGGCCAAGCCGGGGAGUUUGAUUACUCAGGUAGUCAAGCCAUCAAGGCUCUAAAAGAAGAAGGAAUAUACACAGUCCUAAUCAACCCCAAUAUUGCAACUAUUCAAACUUCAAAAGGAUUGGCCGAUAAAGUUUACUUUCUUCCUGUUACCGCGGAGUUUGUUAGGAAAGUCAUAAUCCGCGAACGUCCUGACGCAAUAUAUGUCACCUUUGGCGGCCAGACAGCACUUCAGGUUGGUAUUCAGCUCAAAGAUGAGUUUCAACAGCUAGGUGUCAAGGUGCUAGGGACUCCAAUUGAUACCAUAAUCACUACCGAAGAUCGUGAAUUAUUUGCCCGGAGUAUGGAAUCGAUAGGCGAAAAAUGUGCUAAAUCUGCGUCCGCUAGUUCUGUUGAUGAAGCAAUGCAAGCUGUCAAAGAUAUCGGAUAUCCAGUCAUAAUCCGCGCCGCAUAUGCAUUGGGCGGCAUGGGUAGUGGAUUUGCAAACAAUGAAAGCGAGCUGGUUGCACUUUGCAAUAAAGCCUUUGCCGCUAGUCCACAAGUUCUUAUAGAAAGGAGCAUGAAGGGAUGGAAAGAAAUUGAAUAUGAGGUGGUUCGAGAUGCACAGGAUAAUUGUAUUACUGUCUGCAACAUGGAAAAUUUUGAUCCAUUAGGGAUUCACACAGGAGAUUCAAUCGUGGUUGCGCCAUCUCAGACUCUCUCCGACAAAGAUUAUAAUAUGCUCAGAACUACUGCCGUCAACGUUAUUCGUCAUCUUGGGGUUAUUGGUGAGUGCAAUAUCCAGUACGCCCUGAACCCAUUUUCGCAGGAAUACUGCAUUAUCGAGGUGAAUGCCCGCCUUUCUCGGUCAUCUGCACUUGCAUCAAAAGCUACAGGAUAUCCAUUAGCAUUUAUUGCAGCUAAAUUGGGACUUGGUAUACCACUUCACCAAAUUUCAAAUUCCGUAACUAAAAGUACGUGUGCAUGUUUUGAACCUUCUCUAGAUUACGUGGUAGUUAAAAUGCCUCGAUGGGAUUUAAAAAAAUUUACUAGAGUCUCUACCCAGCUCGGUUCAGCUAUGAAAAGUGUAGGAGAGGUAAUGAGUAUCGGCCGAACUUUUGAGGAAGCCAUCCAGAAAGCAAUUCGGGCUAUUGACUUUCACAACCUAGGCUUCAACGAGACUAAAGCACUCAUGUCUAUUGACGAUGAGCUUCAAACACCAUCAGACCAACGCCUUUUUGCAAUUGCUAAUGCCAUGCACUCUGGAUACUCGGUAGAUACAAUUUGGGAAAUGACUAAAAUUGAUAAAUGGUUUUUGAGUAGGCUUAAAAGUUUGAGCGAUUUCGGAAAACUUUUAUCAAACUACACCGCAGCUACAGUUUCUACUGGUCUUCUUCGCCAGGCUAAACAGCUUGGAUUUUGUGACAAGCAACUAGCCAAGUUUUGGACAUCAAACGAUAUGGCUGUUCGCCGAUUGAGGAUUGAGGCAGGUAUUGUCCCUGUUGUAAAGCGAAUAGAUACGGUGGCAGCUGAAUUUCCAGCAUACACAAAUUACCUCUAUCUCACAUACAAUGGUUCCGAGAGUGAUAUUUCUUUCACUGAUCAUGGCGUCAUGGUACUGGGAUCUGGCGUCUAUCGUAUAGGAUCAUCCGUAGAAUUUGAUUGGUGCUCAGUCCGUGCCACUAGAACCCUCCGAGAGUCAGGAUACAAAACAGUCAUGGUUAACUAUAAUCCCGAAACUGUCAGCACCGACUAUGAUGAGGCAGAUAGGCUCUAUUUUGAGAACAUAAACGAAGAAAGCAUACUGGAUAUCUAUCAAAUCGAAAAUGCAAGCGGUGUGCUUGUUGCUAUGGGCGGUCAAACGCCUAAUAAUAUUGCGCUUGGCCUGCAUCGCUUAAAUGUCAAGAUUCUGGGGACAUCUCCUGAAAUGAUUGACACAGCUGAGAAUAGGUAUAAAUUCUCACGUAUGCUUGACAUCAUUGGAGUAGAUCAGCCUACCUGGAAGGAAUUGACAAGCUUUGACGAUGCCAAAAAGUUCUGCAAAAAAGUACAAUAUCCCGUUUUAGUUCGACCCUCAUACGUCCUCUCUGGCGCAGCCAUGAACACGGUAUACUCGGAAGCAGAUCUAGAAGCUUAUCUUAAUCAAGCGGCUGAAGUUUCUCGAGACCAUCCAGUUGUUAUUACAAAGUAUAUUGAGAAUGCAAAAGAAAUUGAGAUGGAUGCCGUUGCCAAGGAUGGGAAGAUGGUCGGACACUUCAUUUCAGAGCAUGUAGAAAAUGCCGGUGUUCACUCCGGUGACGCUACUUUGAUUCUACCACCACAGGACCUUGAAGCUACAACAAUUCGACGAAUUGAGCAAGCCACCCGCAAAAUCGCCAACGCUUUGAAUGUUACUGGUCCCUUUAAUAUUCAGUUCAUUGCAAAGGAUAAUGAUAUCAAGGUUAUUGAGUGUAAUGUGCGUGCUUCGCGAUCUUUUCCAUUUGUGUCCAAGGUUAUGGGCGUAGACCUUAUUGAGAUGGCGACUAAAGCAAUUAUGAAUAUUCCAUUUGUCGAAUAUCCACCCACUCAUCUUCCACCAAAAUGUGUUGGUGUCAAGGUUCCUCAGUUUAGUUUCUCUCGUUUGUCUGGCGCCGAUCCUGUUCUCGGUGUUGAGAUGGCCUCUACUGGAGAAGUUGCAUGUUUUGGUGUAGAUAAAUACGAAGCUUACAUUAAAGGCUUGAUUUCAACUGGCUUCAAGUUACCUAACCGCAAUAUCCUGCUAUCUAUCGGCUCAUAUAAAGAUAAGAAAGAAAUGCUCCCAUCCAUCAUCAAGCUUGAAAGCCUAGGAUAUAAACUCUUCGCCACAGCUGGAACAGCAGAUUAUCUUCAGGAAAAUAACGUGAGCGUUCAGUACCUAGAAAUUCUCGGAACAGACAAUGAUGACCAAAAGUCUGAAUUUUCUCUUACUCAACAUCUAGUCAAAAAUAUGAUCGAUCUAUAUAUUAACCUACCAUCAAGCAAUAAAUAUCGUCGGCCUGCAAAUUAUAUGAGCAAAGGAUACCAGAGCCGAAGAAUGGCUGUUGAUUAUCAAACCCCACUAGUCACUAAUGUUAAGAAUGCGAAGAUCCUUGUUGAAGCAAUAAGUCGUCAGUUCAACCUCGAGAUAAGCAAUAUCGAUGCACAGGCUAGCCAUAGGACCAUCGUUCUGCCUGGUCUGAUAAAUAUCGCUGCAUUUGUGCCUGGUAUCGCUACCCCUGAGAGUCGGGAUUUUGACGAUGUUACAAGGGCAUCAAUUUCCGCGGGUUUCAGUAUGAUACGAAUCAUGCCUCUCGGUUUGGAAAGCUCCGUAAUAGAUUCGCGUACUUUAAAAAUAUCUCGGUCGAAUACUGUGCGUGGAGCUAGCUGCGACUACAAUAUCUCAAUUGCUGCCACAUCUACGAAUGCCAAUCAGAUUAGUCAGGUAGCAGGAGAAGUUGGGUCCCUUUUUAUUCCAUUUAACCACUUAUCAGAUAAUAUCAGCAAAGUUGCAGCAGUGACGGCUCAUUUUGAUGCCUGGCCCGACUAUAAACCAAUUGUUACUGAUGCAAAAAUGACGGACCUUGCCUCUAUACUACUUCUUGCUAGUUUACAUGGUCGUAAAAUACAUGUCACUAAUGUUACGACCAAAGAUGACAUUAAACUCAUUGCACUUUCGAAAGAAAAAGGACUGCAAGUUACUUGCGACGUAGCGGUAUACUCGCUCUUCUUAUCGCAGAAGAACUUUGCUGAGGCCAAAUUCUUACCUACUGAAGAGGAUAAGGAUGCACUAUGGAAGAAUUUGAGUGUCAUUGAUAUAUUUUCUAUCGGUAGCGUGCCUUACAAACUAGCUCAGUUGACUCAACAAGCUUCAGCUCCAACUACUGGAAUCCUUGAUACAAUACCAAUACUGCUAUCUGCUGUUGCUGAGGGAAAGCUUACCAUAGACGACAUCAAAACACGACUGCAUGACAACCCUAAAAAGAUCUUUGAACUCCAUGAACAGGCCGGAGCAUCUGUCGAAAUUGUAAUUGAUCGCCCCUACACUCUAGAAUCCGUAUCUACUUGGUCUCCAUUUGCCGGUCAAAUCGUUCGUGGUGCAGUGCAGCGAGUAUUAUUUCAAGAGAAAACCGUCUGUCUCGAUGGGGCCUUAUGCGACAGUCAUUCUGACGGCAAAGAUAUGUCUUCGCAUCUGAUGGAUAUUCAUUUAGUUCGCACUCAGUUAAAUGAGGCUCAAUUGAAACAUCCUAUAUCUAGUCCGACGAAGUCUCAGGUUGUUCCUUUGUUGAGCUCAAAAUCGACAUUUAAAAACCAACAUAUACUUUCAGUCGACAAAAUCAGCCGCCAGGAUCUACAUAAUUUAUUUACUGUCGCGCAAGAGAUGCGCCUUGGUGUUCAGCGAGAAGGGGUUUUAUCUACUCUGAAAGGGCGUGUUCUUUGUACCCUCUUUUACGAGCCAUCAACACGGACAUCGGCUUCAUUCGAUGUUGCUAUGCAACGUCUCGGCGGAAGAACUGUUGCUAUUGCUACUUCUUAUUCGAGUACUUUAAAAGGUGAAUCUUUGGCUGACACCAUCCGAACUUUGGGAUGUUAUGGUGAUGCAAUUGUUCUUAGACACCCCGAAGAAAGCAGUGCAGCUACAGCAGCCAAGUUUUCUCCCGUACCCAUCAUAAAUGGAGGAAAUGGUAGCAAAGAACAUCCGACGCAGGCCUUUUUGGACCUCUUUACAAUACGAGAAGAGCUUGGCACUGUUACUGGUCUGACGAUAACUUUUAUUGGAGAUUUGAAGUAUGGUCGUACAGUUCACUCGCUCGUCAAGCUUCUUCAGCAUUACGAUGUGAAGAUUCAAUUGGUGUCUCCCAGAUCACUCGCUUUGCCUUCUGAAAUAUUGGGAUUGAUAAAAUCAAAGCCUGGUCAAUUUAUAACGGAGACUACUGAGCUGACAGCAGAUGUGAUUGCUCAAAGCGAUGUUUUGUACUGCACUAGAAUACAGAAGGAGAGAUUUGAUGACCUUGCCGAGUAUAAACAGCUUGAGAACAGCUACACGAUCGAUAACAAGGCCCUAAAACACGCUAAAAUCUCAACUAUCGUGAUGCACCCGCUACCAAGAAAUAAUGAAAUUGGGGAGGAAGUUGAUUUUGAUUUACGGGCAGCGUACUUUAGACAGAUGAGAUAUGGUCUAUAUAUACGUAUGGCUCUGCUUUCUCUUGUCAUGGGGGCGUAG